AUGGGAAAGCAGGACGUAUCACGGUUGGGGUCGACGAAACUGCUCUUUACAGCACCGCCGCGGGACUCUCACUCGAUAUGCAACCGCAAAGUUUCCCGGAGAGACUUCCGCAACAGGUACAUCGCUUUCCGUCCAGAGUCGCACCACAUGAGACGAACGACGACCUUUUUGAGAUGGACAGCCGAUCAACACUGUCCGAAUAGCCCUUUGCUGGGGCCCUUGAUUGAAGCCAUUCCCGAUCUAGCGCCAGGGAACGCCAUGGUUGUCGGCAAGGCACGGCUGGUCUGCAUCCGACUAUACUGCAGUUCUUACACCGACGCAACCCUCCCCGAUUAUCGAAAAGUUCGACGGGCGUCUUACGAGCCGGGAUCUUCAGACCAAAAGACAAAACCAUCUGGCUCGAUAUCCGAAUAUCGGGAGGCAACGACAGAAUCCUGGCUUCUGGUAAUAGUCUACACCUUGCGAGGUAUCAUUGCAGCCGUCACCUUGGGAUUGACUUCGUUGGACUAUCCCCCUCUCGCAUCAACGACGAAGAGAUCGGAUCUGUCAGUGGAACAGCAGCGACCCAGACGCCGUCCUGUUGGGACUCGGAAUCCGGACCCCACCUCCCCCGGUCUCGCCAUGCAACCUCAGGUCGCCCUGGAUCUCGAUAACUUAUUGUCAGCUAUUCAGGCUCACGUCCGCCCUUUCCUACUGGACGCCCCUUCCCCGAACGUUAUUGCCACUGGGAAAAAUUUGACGCGGACACAUGCGACCUUUUAUAUUUCUUACCGUCAACGCGUUCAAGUCGCCGAUCCUUUACGCCCCUCGUGCUUCUCCGGCGAAGCAGGGGCCGUCAGCCUAGCCCCGUCGCAGGUUCCCCGGACAAGUGCAACGAAGGCCAGUCUGUCCGUCGUCCCUGGAUUCCUUGACCACGCGGCGACAACUUCCGGCCUGCCGGGAGACUCUUUUAGCGCCCAUGUGCAGCUCUAUGUGAGAUGGAUUCGAUACUGGCUGAGAUCAAAAACUGCAAUCUUGGGUUCCCAACGUUGCGCAGCUCCUUGUUCCUCCUUGAAUCUUGCGCGGAACGCAGCUCUCAGCAGCGAUGCACCGAAUGCUAACGAGAUCGAUAGCACGAUGGCACUACAAGACUCGGGUGCCUGCAUGGUAGCCUGGACAAUGGUUCGGAAGAAACGGUCUUGA